AUGGAGAGCACUCGGGUGUUUGUCAGUGGCUUGCCACCUACUUGCUCUAAUGAUCAGCUUCGCAAUCAUUUUGCAGGUCGCUUCCAAGUUACAGAUGCUCAUGUCUUGCCUAAACGACGCAUGGGCUUUGUCGGCUUCAAAAGCAAUGAGGUAGCUCAAGAAGCUGCAAAGUAUUUCAAUAGGACAUACUUGAAGAUGUCCAAGAUCACAGUAGACAUUGCCCGUCCGAUUGACUCCAAACCUGCUGACAAAACACACCCAACACGAAGAAGUGAUGCCAAUGAUGCAGAUAAUGCCCUCAAGCGUAAGAGAGACGACAAGGAAAAAGACCCCAAACUCCAGGAGUAUCUCUCUUUGAUGCAGGGCUCAAAGACCCGAACAUGGGCAAAUGAUGACAACACGGCAGUUGCCGAGAAUCCCACGCCGGUCAUUAACCAACCUAUUCAGGAUAAUAGCGUGGAGGAAGUGCCUUCCCGGCCGAAGAAAGUGCGGAAACAAGAGCCUCUUCCCAUUGUUAACACUGAAGAACCCGAGCCAAUGGUUGUGGACCAGAGCGAAGAGAAAGAGUCUGUGCCGGACGAGGCCGCAUCUGCGAAGGAAGCCGAGCCUGUAUCAGACAUGGACUGGCUACGGUCAAAGACAAGUCGUCUUUUGGGUCUCCUUGACGAAGAUGAGCAGGCUGAGUUCGACAAGCCCAAAGCUGUUGAACCUACCAAGCCUCAGACUCGUGUAACGGAGGAAUCCCGUAGUGCCGCAAUUGACAAUAUUCGGUCUCAACCCGCAGCUAAUAAUGGCAAUGAAGAAGUCGAUGAGAGCGAAGAUGAGGUCGAUGAUACUGUGGCUGGCACAACGCCCGAGCAGACGGCAAAUAUUGAACUUAUUCGUGCGUCUGCUCGCUUGUUCCUACGGAACUUGAGCUAUGACUUGACAGAGGCAGAUCUUCAGCCUCUCUUCGCUCCCUUUGGCAAAACAGAAGAGAUUCAUGUGGCCUAUGACACUCGCAAGGAGUGCAGUAAAGGCUUUGCUUAUGUACAAUACCAUGAUGCGGAGGCAGCAGUCGAGGCCUUUCGAGCUCUUGAUGGCAAACACUUCCAGGGCCGGAUUCUACAUAUUCUCCCAGCUUCUGCCAAGAAGACCUACAAGAUUGACGAGCAUGAGUUAGCCAAGCUUCCAUUGAAGAAACAAAAUCAAAUCAAACGUAAAAAGGAAGCUUCGUCUUCGUCUUUCAGCUGGAACUCUCUAUACAUGAACACCGACGCUGUCAUGGCAUCCGUGGCUGAUCGACUUGGGGUUUCCAAAGCAGAAUUGCUGGACCCUACUUCGUCCGAUGCGGCCGUUAAGCAAGCACACGCGGAAACACAUGUCAUCCAAGAGACUAAGGCAUACUUUGCCUCAAACGGGGUGAACAUUGAUGCAUUCAAAACUCGUGAACGUGGAAAUACGGCUAUCCUGGUGAAGAACUUUUCUUAUGGCGUCAAAUUUGGAGAUUUGAAGACCUUGUUUGAACCUUACGGAAAGAUUAUUCGUCUGCUGAUGCCGCCGAGUGGCACCAUUGCCAUUGUUGAGUUUGCCAGGCCCGACGAGGCGCAAAAAGCCUUCAAGGGUCUUGCUUUCAAAAAGGUCGGGGACUCAAUUCUCUUCCUGGAGAAAGCACCCAAGAACCUGUUUGAUCCAAAUGCAGUACCGACGGUAGUUGAGCCCGAGCUCAAGGGCAAGUCCCAUGGAUUCUCUACCUCGGACACUUUUGCAGCAGAGGACACCGACGCUCCAGCGUUUACCUCAACAUUAUUCGUCAAGAAUCUCAACUUCACAACCACCAACGAAAAAUUCUUGGAACUUUUCCGGCCGCUGGACGGCUUUAUUACCGGGCGCAUCAAGACCAAAACCGAUCCCAAGCGGCCUGGACAGACUCUCAGCAUGGGCUUUGGUUUUGUGGAAUUCAAGUCCAAGACUCAAGCCCAGGCAGCUCAAACGGCCAUGGAUGGCUACAAAUUGGAUCAGCACGAGCUCGUUAUUCGCUCUUCUCACAAGGGAAUGGAUGCCGCAGAAGAGCGACGACGCGAAGACACCGCCAAGAAGGUCGCAGCAAAAAGAACCAAGAUCAUCAUCAAGAACUUGCCGUUCCAGACCACCAAGAAGGACAUUUGGUCACUGUUCGGAGCCUAUGGUCAAUUGCGUUCCGUUCGUGUUCCUCAGAAAUUCGACCGCACAGCUCGUGGUUUCGGUUUCGCAGACUUUGUCAGUGCACGUGAGGCUGAAAAUGCCAUGGAUGCAUUGAAAAACACCCAUCUACUGGGUCGUCGCUUAGUGCUAGAAUUUGUCAACGAGGAGGCCGUCGAUGCCGAGGAGGAGAUCGCGAGAAUAGAGAAGAAGGUCGGAGAGCAGGUGGAUAGGGUCAAGAUCCAACAACUUACUGGACCGGGCCGAACGAAGUUCAGUGUAGGGGGCCAGGACGAGGACGCAUGA